AUGGUUUGCGUACAUAACCAAUCGUUAGAAAACUGGAUAGUAAUUAUCUAUUCUUCCGAAUUUGGUCUCAUUCAUGCACAACACGGCUGCAAUGAACAGACGUCUUCUUUGUCGAUGGCAUCGCCUCAGACACCACAAUUAAUCAUUCCCGAUGAUAAAACUCCCAAUGAUGCGAUCGAUACUUGUGUGUCUUCGACAUCUUCGAAAACAUUGCCGACUAUUGUUCCACCGCCAAGUGGUACAACGAGAAAAAAAUUAACUAAAAUCCUUUCGACGCAAUCGAGCUUUGAUUAUCAUCAUACGCCAUAUCCAAUCACGAAACGUUUUUCAAUCGAUGCUGAUCCUUCGUCGAUUAUUUCACAGAUACCCAUUAUCGAUCUAUCGAAUAGUCCGUUACAAAAAACAACAACUGCAACAGAUAUUGAUGGAAUGUCACCAUCAUCCAAACUUUCGUCUAGAACACCUUUGAACAAAGAAGCUUUAGUUACUCGAUCGCCAACAUUGAAAAAAAGCGAUAGUUUUCUAGAAAUUCCCUAUGAAAAAGGUGAAAUUGUUGAUUUAAUUAAGCUAGCCGACGAUCCGAAUGCUGCCGCACAUAUAACCGAUGAUGGACAAGAAGUUUUACUUGAACAUGCCGCUGUCUUACAAUAA